ACUGCCGCAUGUGGGCAGUGUGACAGUGGGCGAAGCAGCAGCAGUGAGGAGAGUGCAGUCUGCAGCUGAGCAGAGUGGUCCUUCAGACCCCUGUAAGGAUGGGAUGACGAUGCAGCAGCAGUGGGGAGGACAGACUGUCCGGGCGAGGAGGCACACAGGGGAAGGGCAACCCGCAGACACUGAGGCGAGGAGGCACACAGGGGAAGGACAACCCGCAGACACCCCACGUGACGGAGCGAGUGCGAGUGUAUACAGCAUGGAGAAGGAUGGGCACAGGCAUGGGGGCCUCCCUGCUCGAGAGUCCUCAUUCCUCCUCUAUCGCGCCCUCUCCCUGUCUCUAAGUCAGUGGACGGACAACCCAGGGACAGCACACAUGACUGAGCGAGUGCGAGUGUAUGCGGCAGGAAGAAGGAUGGGCACAGGCAUGGGGGCAACAGUGGAGGAGGCGAAGAGAGACGGAGCAGCCAAGGCACUGCUAGCAUGGGGUAAGGUGUGGUUUGGGGAGGGGGGGAGUGAGGAUGCGGAGGAAGGGAUGAAUUGA